UCAUUCUACCUCACUUCUCAUCGUGCUCCUCACAAAUCACUCAAUCCUACUCAUCUUCGUCUCACUCACGUCGACAACAAUCAUGAAGUGGAAUACCAAUCCCGUCGUGCUAGAAAAGGUCGUUACACACCUAAACCUCGACAUGUCCAUUCUUCUUCUGAUACCGAAUUCAAGAGUAUGGGAAGAGGAAAGACAGUAUAUAUGCGAGUACAGGAGAAAGAAGGAAGACUAAAAGCUCAUUUAACGUUGGAUAUCAGUUUUUGGAUAGCGGUUUUGUUCACUUUUGGAUCGGCUGUUUGGGUUGUGAAUGGAUUUUUGGUGUGGUUCCCUAUAUUAAGACCGAACUUGGUUACCACAGCAUUUACCAAUACCGCAGCUGCGUUUGCUUUUAUAGGUGGAAGUGUUUUUGAGAUAGGAUCUUAUUUGAUGGUUGUGGAAGCUUUGGAUAGAGGAAGAGAAACCGACUUCGGUACCGCCCUAGGACAUCUCUUGCAUUCCCGACGACGGUUGACUUCACAUCGUGCCUCUUCCUCGUCAGAGAAGACCCUUUCGCCGGGAGGAACUAGCGAGAGUCCUUCUCCGACCCCGGAAGAACAGUCCAAGCAAGAUGGUGAGAUGCCAGACGGGGCCAAAAGGUUUGUAUGGUGGGGUAAACCUCUGUGGCGGGAUAUGGGGUAUAUUGCCGCGAUCGUCCAGCUGUUCGCAGCGUCCAUAUUCUGGAUCUCAACCCUGACAGGAUUGCCCGGGGCUAUACCUGGCUUGUAUACAGAAUCCGCUUCUGUGCCUAUUGAAGAUGUCUUCUUUUGGACCCCUCAGGUCAUCGGCGGGAGUGGUUUCAUCAUUAGCAGUCUGAUUUUAAUGGUGGAGGUUCAAACCCAUUGGUGGUUACCUAGACCAUUUGACAUUGGCUGGCAGGUCGCAUUCUGGAACUUGAUCGGAUCCCUCGGUUUCACCCUCUGCGGCGCUUUCGGCUAUUCACCAUCGUCCGGUUUAGUCUACCAAUCCGCAUUAUCUACAUUCUGGGGAAGCUGGGCUUUUCUUAUCGGUAGUGUCGUACAGACAUGUGAGGCUGUAUGGAGAGAAUCACCGGAU